UCAGCGGGACGGGCGAUAAAGGCGCGGGGCGGCGGUGCCGGGGCUGGCAUUGUGUUCCUGCUCCUGCUCGGGUCUGUGUCCCCCCGCGAGGGUCCCGCCGCGCUAUGGAGCUCCCCUGGCUGGGCGAGCACUGCUCGGAGCGCGCCUGCAAACAGCUGGAUUUUCUUCCUCUGAAAUGUGAUGCAUGUGGGGAGGUCUUCUGUAAAGAUCACAUCCGUUACGAUGACCACAAGUGCAGCUCUGCCUACAAGAAGAAUGUGCAGGUCCCCGUGUGUCCACUCUGUAACACCCCCAUCCCAGUGCAGAAGGGGGAAAUACCAGAUGUUGUGGUUGGAGCCCACAUGGAUAAGGACUGCAAAUACAAUCCAGCACAGCAAAAGAGGAUCUUCACAAACAAGUGCUUAAAGCCAGGCUGCAAAAGGAAAGAGAUGAUGAAGGUGCUUUGUGAACAGUGUGGUGGCAACUUCUGCAUAAAACAUCGGCAUCCCCUGGAUCACGACUGCAAAGGGAGUAGCCGCCCCACCUCCAAGGCAGGAUAUGCAGCUCUGAUGAGAGCCUCUCACACUGCCCUCAAAUCCCCGGGAGCAAUUGGAGUGCCAUCUAAUGGGAAUCUUCAGCACAACAGGUAUGAGCUGUAGAAGGGGAAAAGACAAAUAUUGCUUAAAAAUAGGCUGGUGUUAACAUGGUGUAGCAGUGCCACUGUCAUAUCAUACCUCCAGCUGCUCUAGAGUUGGGAAUACAGCAGAGGGGUUCUGGCAGCACAAGUAAAUCUCUGCUUCUCUAUACUGAGUGAUUAAAGUAGUUAAAUAGACAAAAGCAUCAGGACAUCAAAUUGUUGUAACUGCAGGUUGGUCUCCCAGCUGCUCAGUGAGGCUUGGCCAAGUUCUGGAAAAAUGGUUUGUCAUCAGAGUGCUGAGGAAAGCACAGCAAACACCUGAAUGAAAACAAUGGCCCAAGCUCUUCCCUGGCAUGUUAUAUCUCCUUGUGAAUGAAAGUUCUGGUUGUGUAACCCUUACAGUG